AUGGACAACGGUGUACAACAACAACAACAUUUCCCACUACAAAAACUCGUGUUGGGUGAAGUGAAUGCUCUUAUUUUGGGCAUGCGGAAUGUACAUUCUAUGAGAUUUUCCAAUCGAUAUAGAUUUCAAUACGAAAAUAUACCAAGACAACAAGGAUCUGUAGGAAAUGAAAGUUCAAUUCUCAUCGGAAUGCGAAACUUGAGAGAAAGGAUUAGCAGCAACUUAACAUGGCAAACAUUAUCAACCAUGGACAUACUCCAACCGUUCUUUGCCAUCAUAAAAUCCGAAGAUACAGAAGGCAGGCUUACAUCAAUGGCUUUGAGAUCACUCCAAAAAUUCUUGGAGUUCCCUGAUUUUAUUGGAGUAUCUCAAUCGACACAUCAUAAUAACUCGGAGGACGCAAAGAUAAUAAUUGAAGAAAUAGUAACAAGUGUUCAACAAUGUCAAUUUGAAUUCAAUGCAACAGACUCUGGAUCAAUUUCUGAAGCAGGAGGACCAAUUAUUUUGGAUCAUUCAUUGGGAAGUGGUUUAGGAUCAAUUGCAUCUGUUUCUUCGGAAACAUCUCUUCUCGAAUCUGUUCUUACUCAAAUUAUUAAUACGUUUUUAUGUUGUGUGAAAAGUGAGGCAGGAAAACUAUUGGACGAAUCAACAAUCUUGGAGAUUAUAAAAAGUAUUUUAAGGAUUGGCAGAGAAACACGUCCAUCUACAGAUUCCCUCAGAAAAACUGCUGAAUUAGCCAUUUAUGAUAUAGUAACAAUUAUAUUUUCGAGAAGACUCAAUGAAAAAUCCAACGAAUCAUCUACAACAGGAGAAUUAAUUUUUGAAUUUAUUUGUGACAUGUGUGAUAUUUAUAGUACUUCAUCUGCGGUGCCGGACACAUCUUCACAGCCCUCCAUGAAAUUAGGAUCAAGUACAAAUACCAUGUCAACAACAGUCAAUAGUAUUGGAACGAGAUAUCUGGGUAUUAACUUGGCUUGUCAUGUGAUUGAACUAUUGGGUGAUAGAUUAACUUUAUCAAGUUAUCAGAACAUAUUAAGAAUGGUUUGUAACCAGUUAUGUCGAGCCUUGCUACGAAAUGUGAACAUUUCUUAUCAAACAAUUCUUUUCUUAGCAAAUGGUGAAAUGAUGUUUAGCGGAAGUACUCAAUCUGGACUUGGAUCAAAUUCUACAAUUACUUCAAGCGUUCUUGCUACCGCAAAUGGAGGCAAUCUUCAACCCACUCACUCUAAUUAUGGAAAUAAUCUCAUGCUUCUUUCAGCAGCUUUGAAAUGUUCAAUUACCUAUUUAUUCAGUUUAGCCAACAUUAGAAUUUUUUUACAUGAACAAAUUUCAGCUAUUCUCCUUUCAUUACUUCAACAUCUUUCUCCAUCACAGCAACAAUAUGGAUCAAAAUUAAUUUUAGAGUAUCUUGUUGAAGUGUGUAGAGACUCCAAUUUUAUUGCAUUUCUAUAUCGUCAUUAUGAUUGCUAUGGAUGUUUUGACAAGAAGAAUCAAGUCAAUGUAAAUAGCAUUCCCAAUCUUUUUGAACACAUUUAUUUAUAUCUGAACAGCUAUAUCGGCUUGAAUAGCUCUGUAAGCGGAACCAUGUUGGGAAAUCCAUCAAUUCAAAACAACAUAAUAGGAAAUACCAUUCAGAUAGGUCAGAGUGGUUCAUCCAAUUUUAAUAACUUUACGAGUAAUAGUAGUAGUAGUACAUCACUUUCUUCAUCUUCUCUCGGCAGUUCCAAUUUACAUACAUUACAUGUUUUAGCAUGGCAAGGCCUAUUAAGUGUUGUAAGAUGCUUGGCAGAGAGAUGUCAGGAACAACAAGAACAAAAUGUUAGACAAUCUCUAGAUAUGAAUGUAGUCAAUAACAUGACAUCUGAAAUCAAAUUACACAAAAAACAAAAACAUAGAAUGAUGGAAAUUGUCUCUCUAUUUAAUAGCAGCCCUUUGGAAGGAGUGACACAAUUACUACAAAUUUACAAUAUCACAAUUCCAAAAGAUCUUACCUCUUUCAUAAGAAAUGAAAACAGUGUGGAUGAAAAUUCCAUAACAGUAGAUUGGAAUGAGGCUGUCAGUUUAUUGCAACGUGCUUCUGAAAAAAUUUCAAACUUUCUUCUCGAAUAUAAUGUUUGGCUAGACAAGCAAAAGAUUGUUGAUUAUUUCAAUAGUUUUUCAUCACCUGCCAAUACAAUAGUUGAUAUUAAGAUUAAGGAAAGUGCUUUCACAGAAACUAACAGAACACUUACAGAAAAUACCUACUUAAUUCCAAUUCUUAGCAAAUCGAAAAAAGAUCCGCUUAGAAAUGUAUUACCACUGGAAGUUAUGAGACAGUUUAUGGAUGGUUUUGAUUUUUAUGGGAUGAGAAUUGAUGAAGCAAUGAGAUAUUUCAUUAAUAGAUGCAAAAUUUCUGGCGAAGGUCAACAGGUAGAAAGGAUUGUUAAACUUCUUGGAGAGUGCUAUUAUAGAGAUAAUAACACAAAUUUUGCAAAAGAAAGACACAUCUCAUGUAAUGCUCGUAUAGUUCCUGCCGUUCCUUAUUUAGCGAACGGAGAACAAGCAUGGAUUUUGGCUGUUGCUAUCAUGAUGUUGCACACUGAUUUACACCAUCAUCACAAUAGAAACAAUAGAAUGAAUCUUGAAGGUUUUAUAAGAACUGUUGGUUAUCAUGAAGAGCUUCAAGAUAUGCCAAAAGAGGAGCUUCAAAAGAUUUUUCAUUAUGUUUUAACAAAUGAAUUUGAAGUAGUGACAGGUUUAAUUGAUUCUUACAAAAGUGAAACAGUAUGGAACGAGCUUAUUGUCAGAGGAUCCAUGGAAUAUUACGAACGAAACUUUAACCAAAAAUCUUCUUCAAUUUCCAACGAAAAUGACAAUCUACUACCCUUCAUUUAUGACAUGGAAAUGUUCCAGAGCAUGUGGGGACAUGUAAUAUUGGCUACAACCAUCAUUUUAGAAAACUCAGACGAUAUUCAUUUAUUAGAAUUGGCAAUCAGAGGAUUUCUUGAUAGCGCCAGAGUCGCUGCAACUUAUCACCUCCAUCAUGUUUUUGAUAAUUUGGUAAUUACUCUAUGCAAAUUUACUACUCUAUUGGACGGGGUUACUCCUCCUUCUAUUUCAGUUGUGAACUGUUCAAACAAUUCCAGUCAACAAACUUUAGACAGUACUGGAUUAACUUGGCCAACCAAUACAUCUAUUUCAACUACAAUAGUUUCUCAUGAUGGUGUGGUAAUCUCAACAAUUAAUGGAGGUGUAGAUGGUGUUGUGACAUCCCCAGCUUCACCAUCAGCUAAUAAUCAAAUCAUCAAUUCCUCUUCUUCAUCUUUCAACUCAAAUAUUGGCAGUAAGGUUGCAUCUUCAUCAAGAACUGAUAAGAAUAGAUCCAUAGUUAUGUUUGGCCAUAAUGAAAAAGCAAAACUUGCUUGCAGAACUGUGUUUGCAAUUACUAGAAAAUAUGGAGAUAAUUUACGCGAAGGAUGGAAAAAUAUUCUUGAUCUUAUUUGCAGAAUGAGAGAACUCGAGUUAUUGCCAGAGUCACUUGUAGAGUCUCGACUUGUGAGACAACUCAGAGAAUUUCAAUUUUCAUCAUCACACGAGUCAAAGAUUUCUUCUCCAAGAAAAGAAAGUGGAUCAGAUCAGUCCUUAUCAAAUCAAGCCUCGUCACAACUAUUAACCUCAGGAUCUUCUCUUUAUGGACAUAUCAUUUCAAGCAUUUCUAAGAGUGCUACCAAAAAGUUAAAACCCAAGUCUCAAAAUCAAACACAAACACAAGUUAAAAGUGCAACAUUCUCUCUCUUGUCAAGCGUUUUUGGGGGUUUCUAUGGUAGCAGUAGCAGCGAAGAAUCUAAUGUAAAAAAAGAAAAAUAA